AUGUUCAAGAAUACUUUCCAAUCGGGAUUUCUAUCAAUUUUAUUCAGUAUUGGUAGUAAACCUUUGCAAUUAUGGGAUAAACAGGUCAGAAACGGACAUAUUAAAAGGAUAACUGAUGAUGAUAUCCAAUCAUUAGUUUUAGAUAUUUCUGGCACUAAUGUUAGUACAACAUUCCUAACGUGUCCUCCUCCAAAUUCAAAGAAAUUUCUCGGCAUCAAAUUGCCUUUUUUAGUCAUGAUUAUUAAGAACAUGAACAAAUUUUUCACUUUUGAAGUACAGGUACUAGAUGACAAAAAUAUUCGUCGUCGAUUUAGAGCUUCAAAUUAUCAAUCAACAACUAGAGUAAAGCCUUUCAUUUGUACAAUGCCUAUGAGAUUGGACGAUGGUUGGAACCAAAUUCAGUUCAAUCUGUCAGAUUUCACUCGUAGAGCUUACGGCACCAAUUACAUUGAAACUCUAAGAGUAAAAAUUCAUGCCAAUUGUCGGAUCAGACGAGUGUACUUCUCUGAUCGUCUCUAUUCGGAAGAUGAAUUGCCUCCAGAGUUUAAACUCUUUUUGCCAGUAGAGAAAAAACAUUGA